AUGGUUCCGUGCUGCCCCCGCCGCCGAAGCCCACCGGGCCCGUCCGCCGGCCCCCGCGGCCCGCCUCCCCGUCGCCCGCGCACCGCCUCCACUCCGCCCGUGCGCCGCCUAGGCUCCCCGCCGCCGCCGCCGUUCCCGACCGCCGCCGCUCCGCGCUUCAUCGCCGGCUGCUCACGCCCGAGAGCCGGCGAGCACCGCGCCAACCCCCCGGGCCCGUCCCCGCGCCACUCCGGCGACGCCGCCCUCCCGCGCCUCCGCCGCAUCCUCCCCGAGCUCCGGCGACGCCGUCCCCGCCGUCUCCUCCCUCUCCGACGCUCGGCCUCGUCCUCUCCGGCCGUCUCCGUCCGAGCUCCGGCGAGCCGCCCCGCCUAG